AGAGCCAUAAUUUCUAAGUAAAUACAGUAGGUAAUCACCUCUGAAAUUUUACAUUUUACACCUCUGAAGAUUACAUUUUAAUUUUACUCAAAAGUUGAAGAGCAAGUAAUAAAAAUCCAGAGUCUUCUCCCAGCUCCCAGUAAGUAGCUCAUUUAAAAGAAUGUAAGUAUCAGAGUGACAGAACAUCCAAAGUACAUAAUUUUCUCUUCCAUAUCAUCUUUAUCAACAUCAGCAUCGUGAUAAUAACACCAGUUGGUAUUUCGGAGGCUUUUAUUCUUUACAAGGAAGUUUCAUAUCAUCUCAUUUGACUAUCCAAACCAGUGAGGUGCGCCUUAUGAACAGAAACAUUAUUAAGAGUGAAAAGCCUUUUAAAAACAUUCCAAGACUUCUAAAACACAAGUCUCAGCACAUCUGGAAAAUCCUGCAAAAUCCCAGCUACAGAGAGUCCAGAGACAACAAGUAAAACCCUUCAUGACCCUUGACUACCAGCUUGUCAACCAGACUCCUAAACGGUCACACCCUCCAGCUCCAAGCAGUGCGCUUCUGGUGCAGCAAGGACACCUGUCUCCCGAGAGUGACACUGGCUUUACUGGAAAUCCACUCACCAAGUUACUAACUCUUGGGAAAGAAGAUGACAAUGUGGAAUGGCAUAUGGAAGACGUAAUUGAGGAUAUAAUCGGUAUGGAGUCAAGUUUUAAAGAGGAAGGAACAGACUCUCCUCUGCUAAUGCAAAGAACAUUGUCUGGAAGUAUUUUGGACGUAUAUAGUGGUGAGCAGGGAAUUUCAUCAGUUAAUAUGGGCCUUACAAGUGCUUCCUGUCCAAGUAGUCUGCCAAUGAAAAGAGAAAUUACAGAAACAGAUACACGAGCUUUGGCAAAAGAGAGACAAAAAAAGGACAACCACAACCUCAUUGAAAGAAGAAGAAGGUAUAAUAUUAAUUACCGAAUCAAGGAGCUUGGCACUCUUAUUCCAAAGUCUAAUGAUCCUGAUAUGCGCUGGAACAAAGGAACCAUUCUAAAAGCAUCAGUGGAGUACAUCAAGUGGCUACAAAAAGAACAACAGAGAGCUCGAGAAUUAGAACACAGACAGAAGAAAUUAGAGCAGGCUAACAGGCGGCUUCUACUCCGGAUUCAGGAACUAGAAAUACAGGCUCGUGCUCAUGGUCUGCCAGCCCUGGCUUCACUUGGCGCAGUGGAUUUAGGUGCUCAUGUCACCAAACAACAGACCCAUCUUGAGCAGAACUCAGUAGACUAUUGCCAACAACUGACUUUGUCUCAAGGGACCAGUCCUGAGCUCUGUGAUCAAGCUAUGGCCUUCUCUGAUCCUUUGUCACAUUUCACAGAUUUAUCCUUUAGUGCCGCUUUGAAAGAGGAGCAAAGAUUGAAUGACAUGCUACUUGAUGACACAAUAUCUCCAUUUGGAACAGAUCCUCUGCUAUCUGCCAUUUCUCCUGCAGUUUCCAAAGAAAGCAGUAGGAGAAGUAGUUUUAGCUCAGAUGAUGGGAAUGAAUUAUAAAAAAGCAAACAGGCUCAAUUCAUCAACUGGGAAGCAAUUCUACGCUGGUGCUAUGCAAGUAUGUUCUGUUUCAUAUAUUGCUUUGGCUUAGUUUUCUCAAAAGGAAUAGACUGUUCACGAAAAACUAGAGACGGCAGAAGAAUCCACAGGAAGAAGAAAUUGGUGUUGAAGAAUUAUUGAGGACGAUUAAGGAUUUUUUCUUCUUUGACUAAAUUGUGUUUUCCUGAAAAGAGGUACAGAAUAAGAAAUAACUCCCUACUAAUGUUGUCAGAGUGGAGAUGUGGUGAUGUAUCACUGGAACCAACAGACUGCAAGGAGAAAACCUACUGAAAUACGCAAACCAUUUUUCACUUAUUCACUUCCAACUCUUCUAUUCAAGUCUUAUGUUAGUCAUCAGGUAUCAAGAUCAACAGCUCUGAUGGUUCAUUGACUUUCUCCACUGUCUGGGGGGACAUGUUGUUGAAAGUUCAAACUUGCUAGAGGAAAUAGUUAAAAGAUACAGAAUCUGUCAUAUUCUAAUUGAAAAGUGAAUCUUUAGUAAACAUUUGAAUUUUCCACAAUAAAAUACCAAAAAUUUAUGAGA